UUCAUCAUCUACCCUUCCACAGAUUUAGAAUACAAUAGAACACGCCUCAUGAAGAAGACUCGGUCGUUGCCGAGCGGUUCCUUCCUGCUCGGUGGGAUGAUUGCCGUCGUGGCGUCCGUCACGACGACGGCGUGGGGUUUCCCGUUACAGAGUCGCCGUGGCGGUAUCCUGGCGGCACGUAUCCCGCAUCGUCCCACCGGGCCUUCCUUCGCACUCCACGCCAAGGCCCGUCGAGGUCGAUUGGGUUCGAUCGUCGAUGCCCAAGAUCUGCUCGAGUCGAAACCGUCCAAACGCCAGAAAACGACAACGCCAACGAAACCCUCCCCCAAGCAACCCUCUGCCAAAAAGGCCAACACCAACGUGUCUCCGGAUCUGGCUGCCUGGGCCGCGUCGACUACUUCUCCCGCCAACGCUAGUACCAGCACUACGGUGUCUCCGGAAGCCGGGGUAGACGGCGAGUCGUCCGCGACUCUUCCCGACCCGACCGUCAACCAAAAAUCUCGACGGAGGGAGAAACAAUCGACGCGGACACUGCAAGAAGAAGCCCGGGACGCUGCAGUCAAGGCUGCCGUCCAACAGAUCAACCAAGCACUCGAGCGCAAGGCCGGGAUUCCGGAAAUACUCGAGCGGACCCGAGAAUUGUGUAAUCUCGAAAGUACCAAUUUGCGGACCCUCACGGCCGGGGCCGCCCGUCAGGACUAUCGACUCGCCUGGGUGGGAUCGGACGAUGCCGUCUGUCACAUAGGCACUGGACUGCACAAGGUGCCGCUCGCUCGAUUGCAGGAAGUCUAUCUGUCUCUGCCCGGACGCAAUCGCGUCGAAAUGCUCGAAGUCAUUCGUAUUUUGGGACCCUUCCCCAACGUCAAGAACACACUCCAGGGAUUUUCGAAACUGGAAGGCAGCGUCGCGGACAAUACGGCCACGGCCUGGACGAUUUCCUGGGACAGUAUGAUUGACGGCACCGGCAAGGAAGUGUUGGCCGGGAAAACGGAGAAUACGCGGACUGCACCCUUGCACGUGCUGUUUAGCGACGUGAACGCCAUUGUGGCCGUCGUGCCGCUAUCCGCCGGCGGUAGCCCCGCUGACGUUUGGACCGAAACCAACGCAGCGAAUAUUUUGGUAUUCAUCCGGGAAGACAAUCUCGAUGAUCAACUGGAACUUUUACGAGUAGCGUAAAUCUACAGCAAUUCCAUACCCUCA